AUGGACAUUUUUUUCGCUUUAAUUUUAAAUAAGAUUGGUGUGUGUCAUAUCAAUUCAGUUUUAGAAAAUGGUACUUGUCCUAAAUCAAAAAUGAAAAAUGAUGAAUUUAUUCCUAAACCACAAAUUUCAGCAACACUUAAUAAAAAAGGGUGUCAUAUAUAUGUUGAUAUUCCUUCUGAUUUUGAGAAAUUUGGAAAAGCUUUUGGAAAAUCUAUUAAUUUGUCGUUUAUCGAAGAAACCUCUAUUACACUAAUACUGUUAUCUAAAAUUCUUUCUAAAUUUGGUAUAACUAAUGAUAAGACUAUUAUUCAAUGGGAAAGUGUUAUGGAAAUUUUUCGAAAUGUUUCUGCAGCGUAUAAAGCAAAACAUGGUAAACCUCUGGUUAUUAUUUAUGAUAAUAUUAAUCGAUUGGUUAAAAAAAAAAAUCCAAAAAUCCUCGACAUCCUUCAAGAAGCAGCAAAAAGAGAUGCUGAUGAAAGCUCAUACAUUGCUUGCUUGGGCAAUACAAUUGAAAUUGGUGAUCUUGAUUUAAUUGGUGGACGAAUUUUACAGCUAAAGUCUGAGGCAGAUAAACUUCAGCAAGGAAAACCUUUUGAAGCUAUUAAAGAGAAAAUGUUUACAAAAAUCGAAGAUGAUUUCAAAAAUGCAAAACUCUUUCAAAAUCAAGUUCAUCAUGAAGUAGGAAAAAAUGUUAUUAAGACUUUGUUAAAUUUUAAAGAGAUAAAAUAUAUGGAAUUUUUAUAUUUUUUCAAUACAAAUAAGGAUGCUAAAGAAGUUUUAGAUAAAAAUGUAUUUGCAUAUCAUCCCGGAAAAAAUACUUCUUAA